UUGGCAGAUAUCAGCUUUUGCUCCAAUACGUCUAAACAGUCAGAAGAAUACAUUGAAAAAUGCAGUACUGGAAUGUAUUGGGAAACUACAACAGGAUCUUUCUAUAACUCAUACUUUUAAUCAUCCACCAUCUGUAACAGAACGCACUAAGCCACCCUUAUGAUGGAUUCCCAACAACUCUCCCUGCUGUCCUCCUUGAAGGAAGAGUUGAAGCCUGAAGAUUACAUUCAGCCCCACUAUAAGGAGGCCUAUCGCCUUGCCAUUGAUUCCCUGGUGAAUGACGGCAGAGAGAGCUACCAGGAGUUCCUCAAGUCCGAGCGGAUAGGGAGCUUCCUCUCAGAAGAUGAAAUCCACUUCAUAACUACAAACGCCUCACAGCCAUUGCCUAGCAACCACACAGAAGAAAUUGAUGGCCCAGGUCCGGACGCUGCGACCAGCAAGUCUUCAACUGGAACGUACUGGCCUGUGGACUCCGACAUAGCAACACCUGACUUGGAGUUAGGGUGGCCGGAGGUCAUGCCUGAUAGACUGCAAACCAAUAUACAUCUGUUCUUCCAUCCACCCAGACUAAACAGACCCACCAUCAAAGAGGUGAUCCGGAAACACAUUCAGGAUGCCAGACAGGUUAUUGCAAUUGUAAUGGACAUUUUUACAGAUGUGGAUAUAUUCAAAGAGGUGGUUGAUGCCUCCACCAGAGGAAUUCCAGUUUAUGUGCUUCUGGAUGAAUUUCAUCUGCAAAGCUUUCUCUUAAUGGUUGAGAAUCAAGACAUCCAAAUCCCAAAACUUAGGAACAUGAGAGUACGCAUAGUGAAGGGUCAGGAUUACCUCUGUCGUUCAGGAUCUACAUUUCAUGGAGCAAUGGAGCAGAGGUUUCUGUUGGUGGACUGCCAAACAGUGGUGUACGGAUCAUACAGCUUCAUGUGGUCCUAUGAGAAAAUCAACCUGAGUAUGGUGCAGGUCAUAACAGGCCAGCUGGUGGAGUCCUAUGACGAGGAGUUUAGAACGCUCUUCGCCCGUUCUUUCGUGCCAGCAGUUCUCACCCCUCCCGAGACUGUGCUACUAGAACGGAAUGGAAGACAUGCUCGGGCAAAGUAUGCUUCUGAAUCCAGACAAGCCUUUGAGAGGAAGGACCAGUUGAGACAUACCCUGGACACAGUGUACAGGAAAGCCUGUGAGAGACAGACGGGCAUGACGAGCCAUAUGGGAGAGAUGGAGGAGAGACUUUAUGACAAGGAGCCAUUUGAACACAGACCCAUGAUCAACCACGGCGAGAGUGUUCAAAACCGCAUCCAUCAGUUCCAGUCUGCAGAGACUGUGAACUUCCUGAAAAGGCACAGUUAUGCUGGGGAGAGACAAGAAGUCCCAUAUGUUCCACACAACACAAGGUAUGGGGCAAGCAACUGGAACGUGGCUGGAGAUGGAGGUAAUCACUGCGCUCCUGGAAGAAGCCACUUUUCCAAUGCUUUGGAAGACCAUUCUCAGGGGGCACAGAUAAUCAGAGGUCGCAAUUUUCGCCAGUCCUACCACGGGAAUGACAAACAAGUCCGCUCUAUGCAGCGGAACAUGCCAACUUUGAAGAACACGGCUAAGUCCUUCUUGCGCACAUAUAGGAUAGAGUCUUACCUCAAUAACACUGAUGAUCCUAUUGGGGAAUCCUGUGACUAUCUGGACCAGUAUGAAGCACAGGAAAACAAAACUAGCUCAUUGAUUCCUUCCAGACUUAGGUCAUCCCUUGUUUUCAAGUCCACUAUUCCAGAGAAACCGGAGACAAACAGUCACUCAAACAACUCUUCCUCUUCCAUGCGUCAGGUUGACCCCUCUGCAAAGCCAAACAAUGCACCGUAUUACUCUUCAAUGCAAUUGCAAUGGAAUCCAGCGACAUCGAAGGAAAACAGAAUGAGACAAGAUGAAUACAUUAUGAAAAGGCGGAGUCUGCAGAUUUUGGAUGAUCCUCGGAAUAACAUUGGCUAUGGCCCAGGAAGAGACCCAUAUCAGUCGGUCUAUGCCUGCCUGGGAAGAGCCAAAGAGGGACUGGUAAUGAAAGCCCCCGAGCUCCUUCAAGACAACUGGCACAAAAGACACAGUGUGGCAGACUCAAAGACCAACAGUGACUACAGAGUCAAUAAAGAGUCCUCCAGUCACAUGUAUGGUAGGGCCUUUGGGAGGAGUCAGCCAGAUGGUGGUGGAAUAACAUUGGGUGCACAGAAUGGAGGAUAUUCUUCAAAUUUGAACAAGGAUCAGAGAUCUGUCUCUCAUUAUGACGUCAAAAACGUUGUGGACACAAAGAGCCUCCCUGUUUCUAAUUGGCAAGAGCCUCCCUACAGAACUGUGUCUGCAGCAGCCCUUGAUAUGAACAGCAAAGAGCCCACUUACAAGUCCACCAGCACAGCAUUGGGUUCACCACAUUUCCUUAAGAAGAGCACCAAGCAAAUCAGAUCAUUGCUCAAAAUACCGGAGAAAAAAGAGGGUUCCCCUAAAGGGGGUUCCCCUAAAAGGGAUGGUAGCUCUGACACCAUAGUCACAGACGAAGAGGGACAAAUACCAGAGAGAGAGAGGAAGGUUGCAUCACAGAGUAGCAUGCUUCAGAUGGACAAGAACCACUGUGCAGAUGAUAUAGGGUUAUCCUCAACCCCUCGUUUUAGCACAGAAGAGCUGCACCAAAAUCUUCCUGACAGAACUACAUCCAUGGGGACACAGGGGCAGCAUACGUCCAUUGAUAAAACGCAUGAAAGGGCAAGGCUUGCGUCAGGAAAUUGGCGUAGCGAUCGGGGUGGCGAUAGUCGUUUGUAUAGCAGAUUUGAGCCUUUCUGUUCAUUGGAGAAGGAGCGACCCCAUUCCUCACAAUCUGCAACAGGCCCUGCCCCCAUACCCUCCCCAGAGAGGACCAAGAGCAUGUACUCUGCUAAAAGUAGCCCCACCAAUGAACAACACAACCACACUGGCCAGCAGACACAUAGCCACCAUGAAAACAAACUGGGCAAAUUCAUACAAAGAGUGGGGCAUUUCAUUCACAAAAAUAAGUAGUAGAAAAGAAAGUUAGCAUAAUACAACAUGGAUUACUGGUCAAAUUUACAAAAGCGUUCAAGGGCCCAAUUAAAUGGUAGGCAGAGUGGAAACAGUGUACUGCACUAUUUAACUUGAAAACUGGUUACAUGAAGAUAUUACAUCCUUUUAGGACUCUUUAAGGCAAUGGCAAACCAAUUUUUACUUGAAUUAAA